UAUAUUGACAUGGAAGAAUCUUUGGCAUUCAAAUUAUCUGCUCCCUUGCCAUUACCAACUUUAAAAAACACUUUAACUCAGUAAAUAAUCUCAAAGGUCUGCUCUGAUUUGGUAUGUGAUAAGAGACCUUUAAUUUAAUCUCCAGAGGAUCCUUAGUUGUUUCAUAAUGAUCAUUUAGCAAAGAUUAUUGAUGUAGACACAUUUGUAAUGCCCUACAUUAUAUUAGACUUCAUAAUUUUGUGAAGAAAUGUCUAGAUUUGCUAACCAAAACAGUGUUUUAUAUUAGGAAUUCAUGUAAAAUAAAGAGAACAUUACUUUAUUGUAGAUUUUAGAAUAAGGAGAUGCUCAUCUAUCAAAAAUUGAUGAAAUGGUUAAUAGGCAAAAAGUAAUAUUAUUAUCGUAAAAAUUUAUAGAAUGACUUUGUUAUGGAUAUUGCAAAUUUGCAAGAUAGAAUUAUGGUAGCAAUUUAGUCGAUAAAAGAGGAAAAUAUCAAGAAACUUGAUAGUUUUAAUGAACAAUACAAAUAAUCGUUUAUCAAUUUAAAAACAAAAAUUGAUUAGUUUUUCCUAUUGUCAAAGCAGAACUUCUAUUAUUCCAAUCAAAAUACAUUUUAAUACAAGUUGGCAUCCUUAGAUACACCAGAAGCCCAAUAAUUUUUAUCAAAUUUAAAAAGUCAUAUAAACAAAAGUAAAUUACUUUCUUAAGGUAAUGCUACGCCAUUAUAAAUGUUAACUGAAUUGCAAACUUUAGCAAGAUUCGUAAUGCAAAUGACUAAUUCUCCUCCAAAUUAUAAUAAGAUACAAAACCUGCAAAACAACUUCUUAGAUUCGCUAGUGAAUGAAGUUGGAUUUGUGUUAAAUAAUACUAUAUCAUAGAGAAUGUUUAUUCCUUUUGGUUGUAGCAAAGAAUUAACUUAAAUUUUAACAGGAGAAAACAACCUAUAACUAUAACUGCCAACUAGAAAUAUAGAUAAGUAAAUAAUCCCAUUUAUUUAGUUUCUUAUUAAAACCCACAAAAAAGUUCUCAAUAGGAACGUAAAUAACUUGUAUUCUAUCAAUUUCAGAUUAAUUAUUUGCGAUUGGUUCAUAAAACGAUUCCCAAUUAAGAAUGUUUGAUUCCACAAAUAAAAAAAUAUCCACAUUCUAAGCUCACAAUUAGAAUAUAGUUUCUCUUGAGAAGUUACAUAACAAUGAGAAUAACAGUAGAUAGUUUGUUUCUUUGGGUUUGGACAUGCAAAUAAUUGUUUGGAACAUUGAUGAUAUAAUUGUUUCCACUCAACCCAGAGUUUUCAGAAAGAUCCAAAUAUAACAAAUGGGAAUUAGUAUCAUAGAUUUAAAGGAUAGUACUCACAUUGCAUUUAGUGACGUACAUAAAGAUGUCAACAUUUGCAAUAUCUACUCUUAAAAGAUCGGAACAUGUAAUACUAAUUCUUUGAGCAAGAUAAAUGGAUUGACACUCUUAAAGAAGGGAGAGAAAUUUUUAUCUUAUUCACAGGAUUCAAUAAUAAAUAUUUGGAGACUUACUAAAUAUGGUUCAUCUUAAGAUCCUAUACUCAUUUGUGAUUAGACUUUGAAUGAUCCUCUCUUUGGUUCUAUUAGUCAGAUUUUUAUUGCUACUUAAUGGCCAGGCCAUUGCAUAAUUGCCUCAUAUGAAGGUUCAGUUAAAUUUUUUGAUUUGAACAGGUAUUUGAUAGGUUACAUAUUCUUAGAAAUUGUAUUGUAUUCUCAAAAUUUGGGAAUAGAAAGGUAUAAAGUAAUUAAAUGGAGAGUAUUUUGAUUGAAGUAUCUGAUUAGUAAAGUACUAUCCAUAUUCUUAUGUUAAGGUAAUCCGCCUAUUUGGUUGAUUACUUUUAGUUUCACUGAUAAUAUAGCUACUCAACAUCAUUUGAGCAUGGCUCCUUAUGCUAUGCAUUCCUAAGACAUUAAAAUGGGGCAUCAAUUAUCAGUAUAACAAAGUUAAGGCAAGCAUAAGGUUUAAAUAUUCAAUUAAUAAAAUGGAAAUGGUAAGGCAUUCACAACCAUGGUAAUGUUUAGCAGUGAUACUACAGAUGAAUUAAUGAUAUAUGAAUUAAAAGGAAAUUGAU